AUGAACUCUGCAAUCCGCAGUUCUUAUCUCACUCUUUCUCGAGACCGAAGCGUUCCGAUACCCGAAACGCCGAAGCUACAACCUUUUCCGCGUUUCUUCGACUCGACGAACCGAAACAACCGAUUCCGAGACGUUUCUUGCUGUAGCUCGCUGCUGAGAACUCGACUUCGGCAUGACUCGGCUGAGUUCCGCACCUCUCUCUCGCACCGAGUUGGGGUUUCUUCCAAAAACGCUCAGUUUGAUUCGUUUCCGGACGAGAACGAAGCUCAGGCGCCGAGUUUCGCUGAGUUCAUCACCUCCGAGAGGGUCAAAGUGGUGGCGAUGCUUGCUUUGGCUUUGGCUCUCUGUAACGCGGACCGGGUUGUGAUGUCGGUGGCGAUUGUACCGUUAUCGCUCUCUAACGGUUGGAGCCGAUCGUUUGCUGGUAUUGUUCAGUCAUCUUUCCUUUGGGGGUACCUCAUAUCUCCCAUAGCUGGAGGGACUCUUGUGGACUAUUAUGGUGGUAAGGUAGUCAUGGCCUGGGGAGUGGCUUUGUGGUCUUUAGCUACCUUUCUGACACCAUGGGCUGCAGAGACUUCUCUAUGGGCUCUCCUUGCUAUGAGAGCUCUCCUCGGCAUUGCAGAAGGAGUGGCUCUUCCUUCCAUGAACAACAUGGUAGCAAGAUGGUUUCCUCAAACUGAACGAGCCAGGGCUGUUGGGAUUGCAAUGGCUGGAUUUCAGCUUGGAAGUUCAGUAGGACUCAUGCUUUCUCCAAUCCUCAUGUCACAAGGUGGUAUAUUCGGACCAUUUGUGAUUUUUGGUUUAUCCGGGUUUCUUUGGGUUUUGGUAUGGUUAUCUGCAACAUCAAGUACUCCUGACCGAAAUCCUCAGAUAUCAAAAUAUGAAUUGGAGUACAUAUUGAAUGAGCGGAAGAAGUCCUUGGUAGAGAAUAAACCUAAGACAACCAAAGUGAUCCCUCCUUUCAGGCGCUUGCUUUCUAAACUGCCAACCUGGUCCCUAAUAAUUGCAAAUGCCAUGCAUAGCUGGGGUUUUUUCAUUUUUCUUUCCUGGAUGCCCAUUUACUUCAACUCAGUGUAUCAUGUUGACCUCAGACAAGCCGCUUGGUUUAGUGCUGUUCCAUGGACUGUCAUGGCAAUCAUGGGAUAUAUUGGUGGGUUGUGGUCAGACAUAAUGAUACGGAAUGGCAUGAGUGUCACUUUAACUCGAAAGAUCAUGCAGUCAAUUGGUUUCCUUGGUCCUGGGAUAGCUCUUGUGGGUUUAACUACAGCAAAAAGUCCAGCAGUUGCAUCUGCUUGGCUUACUUUAGCAGUAGGGCUGAAAUCUUUUAGCCACUCUGGAUUUCUUGUGAAUCUUCAGGAAAUCGCUCCACAAUACUCUGGUGUUUUACAUGGAAUUUCAAAUACUGGUGGAACAUUAGCUGCCAUUUUGGGAACCGUUGGAGCUGGUUUCUUUGUUGAACUUGUGGGUUCUUUCCAGGGAUUUCUGUUGUUUACAUCACUCUUAUAUGUUCUUGCUGCCCUUUUCUACAACGUAUUUUCUACUGGAGAGAGAGUAAAUUUUGAUGAACCUAGAUUAAUGUCUGUUACAUGA